GUCUCAUACCCCCACAUACGUCGUAAGGACAAGUCUAGCGUCACGCCUGCUUGAUGCCAACGAAUAGUGACCAUGAACAAUCAGCAACAGCCCAGCCCAGCAAGAUCUCCACGUCCUCUCAAUCGACCUUUGCGUCUCAGGAUGUAGAUAGCAUGCUCAAGACACCUGGCAACCAGUUGGAAACGCUCACCGCUUUGCUGGAGAGGGAGAACCGCAUUAAGGAAGGAGCUGAAAAGUUCCUGAAGCUUCCCAUCACUGACCUGAUGCGAAUGCAAGUAGAGUCGGAACUGGAACUGGCUACCAGCGAGAUCGAGUUGCUCACGAAGAGGAUCGAACAAGAAACAUCGAGGCGCAAGAAACAUGCCGCCGGGCCUGCUGCGAAACGCAAAUUCGCAGGACAAGCACCACCGUCCACUCCACGACCCAGAGCAGACAGUAGUGAUAAAGAUAAAGCCAGGCAAAUUCCCUAUCUCAAAUCGCUUGCAUCGAUGCCGCCAUCCGUGUCAUCCCCUUCUUCGCCUUCUUCCACGAGUAGCUCCUCGCAAGCAAGUUCCGAGCAAGAUCGAACGCGCGUCGAUAUAAUGAACAAAUUGGUCAGCCUAUUCCAGCGCAACUUGCGUGUUCGUUACGAGAUUACAACGACAGCUCUCGUUCAGGCUGCCAUACCGUCACUUGCGGAUAGUCGCUCAAAACAAUGUCGUGCAGCGGCGUAUCGCUUGAUACGCUUCUCGCUUGUCGACUUUACUUCAAUUAAAGAGCUACGCCGACAGCCACUGGACUGGUUUAUAGUAAAGUCCCUUGCACGCGAUAACAACUUUUCGGUUGAGAGAGAACAAGUUAUUAAACUUAUCCGCGCGAUAGUUGAUAUCGCCGCUGAACAGCGAGAUACACGUGCACUAGGUUUUAUAUCUAUUCCGCUAUCUGAGCCUGUUAUGCGGGCAUUUAUCGCUUAUGUGCAUAAUUGCAGUCCUUCUUUAUCUUUUCCGAAUUCGAGGGUUGUAGGUCUACUCGAUCUUGACCUCGUCGCUCGGGCCGGUGGUAUCCGGUUCCUGGUCCAUGCGUUGGGUGAGGGUCCUGUCGAGUUAGGUCCCCUCCUUGCUACCACGUUUCUCCACAUUAUGGAUUCCCCACGAACCCGGGCCUACAUGCGCCUAGGCAUCGACGUCGAGAUCGCACUUUCAGCAGUGACGGACGCCUAUGGCCGUGGUGCUGACCAUGCUGAUCGUAUGAGACGCUGCACGACAGUGAUUCAGUUGAUGCUGCGAACAUGGAGCGAUCAGAGAGCAAUCAAAUCCAUAGUUGACACUCUCAGGAUACCCUCUCUUGACACAAGAGAAAUUGUUCUCGAUAUGUUUUUUAAUUUGUUGAAUAUCAAGCCUCCAGAAUGGUACAAGACGUUCAUUGAUGGACGCCGUCUGACGAUGUACCGAAAAACCCGAAAUUUCCUGCAACCUUCAGGCGAACGUAAAGCUCAACAGCGAGGGCACGAAGCACUGAAGCUGACUGACCAGUACAUCGCGCUGCUCGUCCUGGUAUUUACCAAUGCCGGUUUAUUGGAUGCGUUGACGACGAUGCUCGAGGAGCGCACGACAGGCUCCACUCUUACCCGGAAAGCCACCCUACUCAUGGCCGAAGUCAUGCAAAUGGCUAACCGGGUGUUACCACUGAACAUGGCAGCUAAUAUUCAGGCUAUACCACAAGUUUUUGAUCUUGCCGCUGACUAUACGAGGGGGGAGCACAGGAUUAUCGGUACCUCGGCCAUAACCGCAAUAGAUAGCUUCAACCGUAAUCAUGCAAGGCUACAUCCUAGUUGCAGGAGUGCCAGGCCGAGGGCUAAUUCUGCUGAAGACGCUGUGCGUCGAGGGCAACGUCAAGUUGAACAAAACAAGAUCAAACUUGGCAUGCAAAUGGACGACAAAAUGUUCCAGGCAUGCGUACUUGAAACCCAGAUCAUGAUCACAAAGGACAGUACCAAGUGGGGCUUCGAUCCACUGCAGGAACUCAUUGAGGGUCCGUUUUUAAAUCCAAAGAGGCUCGAGGAGGCGAUUAAAGUUGGGAGAUUCAUGCGUCGGCUGAUGGCUUUCUUUCAUCCGUUCUCGCACCAAUUCUCUGAUAUGCCUCGAAAACAGCAAAAUUUGCGGUGGGUACGCCUAGGUUGUUCUCUCCUAACGACCCUUCUUGCAAGUCCGGAUGGCGUCCGCUUUUUGUUGUACGAGGAUGAUUUUCUCAAGCAAAUCAUCAAGAGUUUCGCACAGCUAGAUCCUUUCAAUGGCACCCCGGAGUCGGACCCGAUAUUCUCGAAGCAGCGGAUGACGGAGACCCUCACCAAGCAUCCGGAGGGGAUCGAGCUUAUGGAGAAGUCAAAAAUAUUUACGGCUUUUUACCAUCUCAGCGAACUUCGGAAUCGAGAGGAUCUUAUCACCGCAGUCAUUACGAACUUGGACUAUUCUAUUGAUGGGCACCCACGUGUUGUACUAUCGAAGGCAUUAACAUGCAGCGACAUCCCCGUUCGGGUGUUUGCAACUAACCACCUUGGGGAAUUAAUUCGUAGUUCUCCGACUCCGACAGUGUGGAUGCUGCGCCUUCUGCUGACGCAGUUGUACGACCCUGCUCCUGAAGUUUGUGAGAUGGCUAUCCAGUUUCUUGAGGAAGCCUGCGAGUCUAUGGAAGUCCUUGAAUUGGUCGUGGAAAUGCAACCCACUCUGGACCAUUUGGGUGACAUUGGGCACCCAUUACUACUCCGGUUUAUGUCUACUCCGACGGGAUUCCGUUACCUCAAUAGUGCGGGUUAUAUUGACAGAGAGAUGGAUAUGUGGUUCCAUGAACGCAAUACUUACUAUGUCGUUCAAAUCGAGAUAUUUCUUGCCAAGGUUUUUAGUUCGGAAGCCACGGAGGACGAUGAGGACGUCCUUGCCUUCGAUGGCGUGGUUCCUCCACAUUUUUACGGCGAGAUGUCAAAAACGGAGCUUGGUUGCCAGGUCCUUAGUGAAAGGGGACACUUCGCGGAAUUUUCCCACUUCAUUCGACAACAUGGUUUGGAAAGUGAGGACCUGGAGGUAAUUUUGAAAUUAAAGAGCAUCCUAUGGGCGGUCGGUAAUGUUGGAGCCACCGAAGGUGGCUUACCGUUCCUUGAAGAGGAGGAAAUUAUACCAUCUAUACUCGAAAUAGCAGAACAUUCAUUGAUACCCUCUGUCCGGGGCACAUGUUUCUUUGUGCUUGGCUUGAUAUCCUCAACUCCUCAAGGCGCCGAGAUUCUCGAUGACCAUCGUUGGGAGGCCACAUUGUCACCACUUGGACAUCCCACCGGACUCUGUAUACCCGUCAACCUGGACAAAUUUAUUUCGCUUCCGAGAUGGGAGUCUAUUGAAGUGAAAACCGAUGCGGAUACUCGGUUGUUACCGCCCACGGUGCAGACUGAGUUGGAAGUUAUUUCUGCUAUCGAGAACCUGGGCAAUAGCGUCAUUGCCAAUACUGCCUCGCGUUCGUUAGCAAGAAUGAAGUCUCGUCCGGAGUAUCGCGCGGUGUUCUCUUCACCUGCCGUGUUCUUCAGAGCCCUUCACACCAUCUCGACCCAGCGCUAUCGACUUCCUGUGCGACGGUACAUUCUUGAUCUGUUCAAUAUCGAGCUCGACGGCCAAGUUGUCCAUGACAUUUCUGAAGCUGCAACGAACCUUCGUGCACCCCCGUGUUUCAAGCAGUCGGAAGCUCACAUCAGUCGGGUAGUGAGUAUGUUGGGUCUGAAACACCCUGAUGGGGAGUCUUCCAGUGACGAGGAUGAACUGGAUGGGAUUUCUGAGGAGCAGACCGGUAAGAUCCCUAUCAUCACGUUACGUCCGGUCAGCAGGAUCAUCGGGUUCAACAAUGGUUGAGUGCUAUAUAUUGUGGUGUAAUUUAUGUCCAUCCAGCAUUAUUUAUGUACGCCUGCUGACUAAUGAGUCGGGGGUUGAAUUUGCUGUUGAACGCGA